AUGUCACGAAAUAUAAGUGUAAGGCGCGGAGAACGGAGUUUAGGCAGAGGACUCCCGGAUCCAGAGUUACAGUCUCCCGAAGCGCGGAAUGGCGCAAGUGACAUUCCCGCCCGUAGAACUAUCACAAGAUCACAAAUGAGCCACACACAAACAAGGGCUCAGCACCCAGAAGGUGUUACUCUUGAUAUACAAAGAGACACCCAAGGGACCACAGUAGAACAAUUGCCAAGAAGACGCAUGAAAUGGUCAAUAGACAUGAAAUGCGUAGUUAUUUCAUGGCAACAAAAGUCGAAACACAAAUGGUUAUGUACCGACAAAAAAUGUAUGACUUGUUUAAAAGUAAAUACCCAGAACUGGAUCCGAAACAGAGAUAAAUCAAAUAAGAUCAGAGGUGCAACGAGAUCUGAACCUGAAGUGAUAGAAGAAAUAGCGGAACCGAUUACAAAUAAUGAGAAUCUAAGCCAGGAUAAUGAAGUGGAACAAGAACCAGGACCCCUUUUUCAAAAUGCUGAGGUGUAUAAUAAUGUCACUACCGAAGAAGAUACUGUAAUUACCCAAAUAAGGGAGGAGAUCCAGCAAACAAUAGCACUGCUAGAAGAAACGAAUCCUACAAAAUGGCCUUACAUACCAAAUUUCAUAACUUUAGUUCAUAUCUGGUAUGAAAUCUUAAGGAGGAUUGAUCUUGUGCAGCUCAGAUUACAAGAUCCUAGAAUGAAUUUUAGAGAAGCGUUCCAUGAUCUUGAAUCAUUAGCGACUGAACUAGCUGACAUUCGAGACAAGCUCUGUGAAGAGGCAAUAGAAAAAGCGAAGUCUCUUUGUGAAAAAUGGGAUAUUGAUGCAAUAAUACGUGUAAGAAGACGCCGCAAAAUGCCCGGAGAAUUGACUAGAGAUGUUGGUCUUUCCGCAGAAAGUGUAAUUUUGCCCGUUAUGAAAAGCGUUCUUGAUCGUCUCCAACAAGAAAUAUGUACACGAUUAAGUGACCUUAAUUUCAAAUUUGGAUUUCUAAAAGAUUUUAAAAAUUUAUUAAACAAGGAUAAUGUUGAUAACGACAUUGAAAAAAAAAUGUAA